AUGGGAGCCUGAGCUGCAGCAAUGGCACGGGGCAACUUCUCCCGGGUGACUGAAUUCAUCCUUCUGGGGCUCUCUGACAGCCAGGAGCUGCAAUUCCUCUUCUUCACCCUUUUCCUCCUGGCCUACACCAUGGUCCUGCUGGGCAACCUCCUCAUCAUCGUGACAGUCAGGACUGACCCCAAGCUCUCCUCGCCCAUGUACUUCCUCCUCUGCCACCUGUCCUUCAUCGAUAUCUGCUACACCUCUGUCACUGCCCCCAGGGUGCUGGUGGCCUUGCUCUCGGGGCACAAGGCCAUUGCCUUUGAGGGCUGCAUGGCCCAGCUGUUUUUCCUGCACUUUGUGGGCUCCUCAGAGAUGUUCCUCCUGACGGUGAUGGCAUUCGACCGCUACACGGCCAUCUGCAGGCCCCUGCAAUACACGGCCAUCAUGGCCCGCAGGGCUUGCUGGGCCCUGGUAGCUGCCUGCUGGACUGGGGGCUUUAUCCACUCCAUUAUCCAGACUCUGCUCGUGCUCCAGCUGCCCUUCUGUGGCCCCAACAUGAUCCACAGCUACUUCUGUGACGUGCUGCCCGUCGUCCAACUGGCCUGCACCAACACCGCCCUCACCGAGUGGCUCAUGGCCUCCAACAGUGGCCUCAUAUCCCUGGGCUGCUUCCUGGUGCUGGUGGCCUCCUAUGCGCUCAUCCUGGCCAAGGUGCGGGGCCACCUCUCCCAGGGGCACUGGAAGGCGUUGUCCACCUGUGCCUCACACCUGAUGGUUGUCACCCUGGUCUUCGUGCCCUGUAUCUUCACCUACCUGCGGCCUGCUGGGACCUUGCCCUCCAACAAGUACGUCUGUGUCAUCUACACAACCUUCUCGCCCAUGAUGAACCCCCUCAUCUACACCCUGAGGAGCAACGAGGUGAAGGAAUCCAUGUGGAGACUGUGGAAGCUCUGCAGAGCCUUCUGA